CGGCCCGAACCGCACCGUGCGGCGGCGGCGCUCUGGUUGGCUGGUCUCCCCGUCCUGCCGCCGCCGCCGCCCCCUCCUCCCUCCCACUCCCCGCCCUCCCCGCGGCGGCUGGCGUCGAGAAAGUACAGUAAAAAGUCCAAGUGCAGCCGCUCGGCGCAAGAUGGGAUCCGGCUCCUCCAGCUACCGGCCCAAGGCCAUCUACUUGGACAUCGAUGGGCGCAUUCAGAAGGUGGUCUUUAGCAAGUACUGCAACUCCAGUGACAUCAUGGACUUGUUCUGCAUCGCCACCGGCCUGCCCCGGAACACGACCAUCUCCCUGCUGACCGCGGACGACGCCAUGGUGUCCAUCGACCCCACCAUGCCCGCCAAUUCAGAACGCAGAUGCGCCAAGAACACCUUUGACGGCAUCUCACAGGGGAACUGUCUUCUGUCUUCCAGCACUCCCUACAAAGUGAGACCUGUGGCCGUCAAGCAAUUGUCUGAGAAAGAAGAAUUAAUCCAGAGCGUGCUGACCCAGGUGGCAGAGCAGUUCUCAAGAGCAUUUAAAAUCAACGAACUGAAAGCUGAAGUCGCGAAUCACUUGGCCGUGCUAGAGAAGCGAGUCGAAUUGGAAGGCCUGAAAGUGGUGGAGAUCGAGAAAUGCAAGAGUGACAUCAAGAAGAUGCGGGAAGAGCUGGUGGCCAGAAGCAGCAGGACCAGCUGUCCCUGUAAGUACAGUUUUGUGGAUAACAGCAAGAAACUGACACCUCGGCGUGAUGUCCCCACGUAUCCCAAGUACCUGCUCUCCCCAGAGACCAUCGAAGCUCUCCGGAAGCCCACCUUCGACGUCUGGCUCUGGGAGCCCAACGAGAUGCUGAGUUGCUUAGAGCACAUGUACCAUGACCUGGGCCUGGUCAGAGAUUUCUCCAUCAACCCCAUCACACUCAGGAGAUGGCUGCUCUGCGUGCACGACAACUACAGGAACAACCCUUUCCACAACUUCCGGCACUGUUUCUGCGUGACCCAGAUGAUGUACAGCAUGAUCUGGGUCUGCAGGCUCCAGGAGAAAUUUUCCCAAAUGGAUAUCUUGAUUCUAAUGACAGCAGCCAUCUGCCAUGAUUUGGAUCAUCCGGGGUACAACAACACGUACCAGAUCAACGCCCGCACGGAGCUGGCCGUCCGGUACAACGACAUCUCGCCCCUGGAGAACCACCACUGCGCCGUGGCCUUUCAGAUUCUCGCCCAGCCCGAGUGCAACAUCUUUGCCAACAUGCAGCUGGACGAGUUCAAGCAGAUCAGACAGGGGAUGAUCACAUUAAUUUUAGCCACUGACAUGGCAAGACAUGCAGAAAUUAUGGAUUCUUUCAAAGAAACAAUGGAGAAUUUUGACUACAGCAAUGAGGAGCACAUGACCCUUCUGAAGAUGAUUUUGAUAAAAUGCUGUGACAUCUCUAACGAGGUCCGUCCAAUGGAAGUUGCGGAACCUUGGGUGGACUGCCUAUUAGAAGAGUAUUUCAUGCAGAGCGACCGCGAGAAGUCCGAGGGCCUUCCCGUGGCCCCUUUCAUGGACCGGGACAAAGUGACCAAAGCCACAGCCCAAAUUGGGUUCAUCAAGUUUGUCUUGAUCCCGAUGUUCGAAACGGUGACCAAGCUCUUCCCUGUGGUGGAGGAAAUCAUGCUCCAGCCCCUCUGGGAAUCCAGAGAUCAUUACGAGGAACUGAAGCAAAUGGAUGACGCCCUGAGAGAGAAGACGGAGAGCCUGACAUCCGGGCACACGGACCCACAGAGAGAGGGAAGCAGAGAUGUGAGGAAAAGUGAAGAUAACGCCAUCCUGAAUUGACGUCUCUACGCAUAUGUCCCCACAGAAGCUUUCUCCUCUUCCUUUUCCAAGCAGACGGAGCCUGAAGACGGCAGGACAGUCUCGGGCCGCGGUUCUGGACCAGGCUGGCGGAGCCGGAGCCUCAUGGGAGACAACCGUGCAGGGAAAAGUUGACUCUGAGCGCCUACUCCGCCAAGACUGUGUUUUCUAAGAACUGUUUUGUUCACUGAUACAAAAAAAAAAAAGGAAUUCAUGAUGCUGUACAGAAUUUUUAUUUUUAAACUGUCUUUUAAAUAAUAUAUUCUUAUACAGAAACGGGUACUGUACUUUUUCUUUGGUAGUGCUGUGUAUCCCAAGGCUGCUUCUGAGAGUCCCCAGAGUCCCCCCAGCUCUCCCGCAGAGACAAGGAACUGUGCUUUUCCCGCAGAUGUAUCUUAGAACAGUUUUCCAGUGUGAUGUGAUGCUCCAUCCCGUGUAAAUUCAAAUUAAAUCUCAGGCAGUG